AUGGAGUACGGUGUGGAAGAAAAAGCUUGGUCUGUGGUUUGGUAUGGCAAAUACGGUUCGCCGAUAAAUGUUCAAAGGGAAUACAGGAUGAAAUACGGGCGUAAGGCCCAACCCAGAUCGCAAGACAUUUCGGCGUUGGUGGAAUAAGUUCCUUGAGAUUGGCAGCGUUAACAGGAAACAAAAAAAGCAGGAAAGAUGGGUACGAACGUAGCUGAAAAUGGAAGAAGUUUUGUCAAAAUUCCGAGAAAAUCCGCAUAUGAGUACACGAAGUUUGGCCAGAACCGAGGGAAUGCCUUCACCAAGGACCAUUCGACGAACUCUGGAGGUUGAUCUUCACUUUUUGUGCUUAUUCUCAUCGUCGAUUUUCAGGAGGGGAAAUUCCACCGUAUUUUUCUUCUCACCGUACUCCAUUUUCGGACACACCGGGAAAGGCCGAAAAAACAACCGAAAAACGACCAAAAAAAUGAACUUCAAGAAUAAAUGCAAUAACUGUAGAUGACACUUACCUAUGUAUAACAUAUUUGGUAUCAGACAAAAUGGGGUUGUCUGAGGAUUCAGGGAAAAAAAGAAUUUUAAAAUUUGGCCGAAAAUUAAAGAAGUUAUAGCCAAUUCAAAUCGGGCACCGAAUUUGGUACACCCUGUACUUGGUAUACAUACGCGACACUUCUGAUUGAUUUCAGAAGGUGGCGAUCGACUUCCAUUGACUGUUCAUCUCUGAUUUUCGUCACGUCCAAAUUCUGGAUCGCUCGGAGGGUUUCCGUAUCCAGCGUCAUGACUCUAUACGGGAUCUGCGUGAAUUCGGAGCCAAAAUCCGAGGGCCUGGUGAUUACUUUACGUAGGAUCCUUGCAAUAAGGCUCCUAAUGAUGGACUUUUAAAAGCGUUUCCGGAAGAUCCAUUUUUCUGAAAAUCUGGUAAUGUUCUGAUUUUGACUUUUUUCUUAAAGGACCACAAAAGGUAUUUUUUGAACCGAAAUUUGCUCGGCUAAAAAAUUGACUAUCAGGGAUUUUCGCGUCGAGAAAAUUCCGAAGAACAAACGUUGUCGGUUUAUUUUCGGAUGAAAAGAUUUUCCGAGCUUCUGUUCAGAGCUCUUUGUACAUUGUCUGGCAAUUUGACUUGAUGCAAGGAAGCAUUAUGACCGUUUUUGCAGUUUCAAUUUGGACCACCACCUCGAGAACAACAUGUAAGUCAAUAUUUUAGUGUUUUUAGCGAGUUUAGGUAAUUUUUGACAUGACAGAGCAAGAAAACGAGUGUAGUUCCGUAAUAAGGCAUCGAGGAGUGCUGUUGGCCGAGUUUUUGGAAAGUUAUAGUCAAAAAAUUGACCAAAAUCUCUAGUGUAAUAUACGUUUUCAGGAAUUCGAAUCCGGAUGCUGCCAGACGGCUUCAUUCUUUUCACGAGGACUCGCAAAAGCAUCUUACGAGGUAUGAGACCGGUAUAAAUCAAUGAACGUUCAACAUUUAGGCUUUUCCUUGAGCUGAUGUCAAAAUCUGAAAGGUGAGGUUUGCCCUUGUUUUCAUGGUCUAGGUGAGGAAAUCUUUGCUCCGUGAGCAAGAAAAUCGGUUUGGUUUCCUAAUGAUGCUAUCUUGACUGUGGUUGCACCAUUUUGCGCCAUACUAAUAGCAAAGCCAUGAUCACUCGGUCCGGUAUAAUAUAAUUUUUUCAGGCGAAUCCCUCUCGAUUUGCAGGAAUCCCGGCCCACUCCGCUCCCAUGCCCGCCAGCCUGA